AGUCAGCAGGCUACAGCCUGCGGCCGAGGUCAUGUCUGGUGUGGUUGCACCCUUGCAUCGUGCCUGCCACGGGAGCAGCGCACAGCGGCGGGCUGCUCCUGCCCGUAUGUACACGUCCCGUAAGCCGCCCCAUUUGUUUGUGGCCCCCUCCAUUCACGGUGUGGGAGCAACCCCUGGGGGUCCACGUCGGUCGCCGAGGACUGCGGCUAGAGCACCACCCUCAACCGCCCACCAGCUCCCUGCUAGUGCGCCGUGAGCUCUCCCCAAGCUCGCCAGCGCAUCCCCAUAUCCCACAGCCUUCCUGCCCGCCUCCGUGUUCCUUCUUCUCUUCUCUCCUCCCUCUCCCCAAUCCGACUCCUCACGUCAGUCCCGCUCUCAAAAAGCUCCCCUCUCCCCUCCACGCGACGAAGCACACGAUUGCCUUGGUCAGGCCCCCUUCAUCCAGACGCCCAUCCACAGCAUGUCCGCCACCACGGGUAUCCCCACCGCUCCGGCGGAUGUCGCCGCCAAGCUCGAGAAGAAGCCCGUCAAGUUCUCAAACCUCCUUCUCGGUGCCGGUCUCAACCUCUUCGAGGUCACCACCCUCGGCCAGCCCCUCGAGGUCACAAAGACCACCAUGAGCGCAAACCGUGGCGAGUCCAUGGCCGGUGCCCUCCGUAUCAUCUGGAACCGCGGUGGAGUCUUCGGAUUCUACCAAGGUCUGAUCCCCUGGGCCUGGAUCGAAGCCUCGACCAAGGGCGCCGUGCUGCUCUUCGUCGCAUCCGAGGCCGAGUACUACGCUCGCGCCGCUGGUGCCUCCGACUUUGGUGGAGGCAUCAUCGGAGGAAUCACUGGUGGUGUCGCCCAGGCGUAUGCCACCAUGGGUUUCUGCACCUGCAUGAAGACGGUAGAAAUCACCCAGCACAAGCAGGCUGCCGCCGGCGUCAAGCCCCAGUCCACCUUUGCCACCUUUGCCGACAUCUACCGCAAGGAAGGCAUCAGGGGCAUCAACAAGGGUGUCAACGCCGUUGCGAUCCGCCAGAUGACCAACUGGGGUUCCCGCUUCGGUUUGUCCCGUCUUGCCGAGGACGGAAUCCGCAAUGUCACCAACAAGAAGGCUGGCGAGAAGCUCUCCGUCCCCGAGAAGAUCCUUGCUUCUGCCCUCGGCGGUGGUCUCUCGGCUUGGAACCAGCCCAUCGAGGUCAUCCGCGUCGAGAUGCAGAGCAAGAAGGAGGACCCCAACCGCCCCAAGAAGAUGACCGUCGGCAACACCGCCAAGUACAUCUACGAGAGCAACGGCCUCAAGGGUCUCUACCGUGGUGUCAUGCCCCGCAUCGGUCUCGGUGUCUGGCAGACCAUUUGCAUGGUUGCCAUGGGUGACAUGGCCAAGUCCUACAUUGAGAAGCUCACUGGCGACAAGGUCACUGCCAAGCACUAAAGCCCAGGGGUAGUCUGGGCCGCAGUUUCCUGCUGGAACGCACGAGGCUGUAGCCGUCACUGGUUGUUCUGGUGGUUCUGGGUGCGUCUUUUCCUUAGGCCCGCAAGCUGGCGGGCGUGGUGCAUUACUUUUUCAAGCUAGCACGGUACCUACUGGGCACGGGUUUGGUUGCUUCUGUGGUUUUCAGCACGGUUCAGUCUGGUCAGUCAAUCGCUGGCUUUGAGUAGAAUUUAUCUUGAUCUGCGGAUAUCAGACAUUGUUUCCAGCCUUGCAGUACCUUUAAGACAAUAUACAUGAUAAUCAGUGGUCGCUGAUGCGAUUC